AUGGCUGAUCAAAUUGAAGAGCGAAGAUCUAUGUACACAGUUGAUCUCGACUUGAGAGGGGGCUUUUCUUUGUUUCCUGGUUUGGGCGAGAUGUUGGUCGUAACGUACGCAGAAGAUGGGAGUGGUAAAGCUAUGGACCCUGAAACUCUCGCAUCUUCAGACCGGCGUUCCAGUUCGAGCGAUCGUACUACUACUGAAGCGCCUGAAGCUCUGAGCGAGGUAUAUCGCCAGCAAAUACCUCGACUGACUACACCAGCGACCAGUCGGAAACUUAUGAAUGGACGGACCGUCGCAGCGAUUUGCCAUGGUAGGCUACGGAAACCCACGCCUCGAAGGAAAAGUUUCCUAAGUCCAGCGCGCAGUUCGGCUUCGAAGGGUCUCUCUGCCUCGUCGGAGGCUAGGUCCGGGACUCUUGAACAAGAAAGACCGGCAAGCGGCAGCGAAUUGAAACUUGAUUCUGCGAUCAGCAUGGGGACUCUUCCAGAGCAGUCUACCUCCAGCCAACAGACACAUCACCAUGUCAAAUCGGCACAACACUGGCAUGAGGAAGUGAUUUCCAACUUCUGCAAGUUUAUUUGCGCCAGUCGAACCAGUACAGCACAAACAGGCUCAGAGGGGCAUCGAGAGGUACCAGCGGAAGCGGCAAUCCUCUUACAGAGGCUCAAAGAGAAGGAACAUUUCAGAGGCCGCACGGAGAUACCAAGAUGGUUCGAGCCAUGGGUCUCGCAUGCGAGAUCCCGCGGUAUCGCCUGGUGGCAUCCCCCUCUUGAUCCAGAUUCGUCAGAAAAUCCAGCGGGUCUACGAGUAUGGCAGGCGAAGGCUCAGGGAACACGUCCCCUUGGUUCCAGUCCCGGAUACUCGCUGGUAUUUGGUCGCGACAUCACUGACUGUCACUUGAUCAGCCUAAACUAUGAAAUCGCAUUGUCCAUCACGAUUGAGAUCCACCAACUCGUCAAGCGGAAGGGAUUACCACCUAGUUUCUUAGAACAUGAAAGGCGGGACUCCAACUAG